AUGCGGCAGCUGAAGCACCUGGACGUUUUCCCAAAGUUCGACCGCAAGUUUGAGCAGGAUGCGCGGCACCGCACCGUGUCGGGCGGUGUCUUCUCUGUCGUCGCCGUUGUCGUUAUUAUCUGGCUCCUCGUCGGCGAAGUCCGCUACUUCCUCUCAGUCGAGGAGCACCAAGAGAUGUUUGUGGACACCAAGGUUGGGGGUGACAUGCAAGUCACUGUCAACGUCACCUUCAACCACGUGCCGUGCGACCUCAUCACUCUGGACGCCGUGGACAUCUUUGGCGUAUUUGCGAACGACGUAGAGGGCAACACAGUGAAGCAGCGCAUAGACACGGCGACGGGGCAGGUGAUCAGUGCCGCACGUGCCAUUGUGGAUGAGAAGAAGGUGGUGACCAAGGCGAUCGACGCGGACGGGGCGGAGAAGGAAAACUGCCCCAGCUGCUACGGCGCUGAGCGCCACCCGGGAGAUUGCUGUCACACCUGCGAGGAUGUCCGGCAGGCGUACGUGCGGAGAGGGUGGAAGCUGGACAUCGAUGAAAUUAGCGUGGAGCAGUGCGCCGAAGAUCGCAUCAAGAUGGCCACCGCUGCUUUUGGAAAGGAGGGGUGCAACUUGUACGCAACCUUCGCGGCCUCGCGCGCCACUGGCAGCCUGCAGUUCAUUCCCGGUCGCAUCUACGAGACCCUUGGUCGGCGGAUGCACGAUCUCAUGGGUAGCGCCACCCGCAAGCUGGACCUCAGCCACACCGUGCACACCCUCGAGUUUGGCGACCCCUUCCCAGGCCAGCAGAAUCCGCUGGACGGCACCGCCCAAGGAUCUGCCCUCAGCGGGGACGCGAAGGAUGCGAUGAACGGCCGCUUCAGCUACUUUGUGAAGCUCGUCCCGACCACGUACCAGCGCUACUCCCUCAUCACAGGCCUGCAAGACACGGUGGAGUCGAACCAGUACUCGGCCACGCACCACUUCACCCCGAGUGAAGCGGCGAAGGCGGAGUCGCAGGCGCCAAAGAAGCAGGAGAUUGUUCCUGGCGUGUUCAUGACGUAUGACCUCUCUCCUGUGCGUAUUCUGGUUCAGGAGAGGCAUCCGUACCCCUCCCUGGCCCACUUUGUGCUGCAGGUGUGCGCCGUGUGUGGUGGAGUACUGACCGUGGUGGGCCUGGUGGACUCCCUGUGCUUCCACAGUGUCCGCAAGAUCCGCAAAAUGUGUACCGGGAAGCUGUUGUAG